AUGUCUACCCCAACUGGUGAUAUCGGUUUAAUUGGUUUGGCCGUUAUGGGUCAAAACUUGAUUUUAAAUGCUGCCGACCAUGGUUUCACCGUGGUGGCGUACAACAGAACGGUCUCAAAAGUGGACGACUUCUUGAAUAACGAGGCCAAAGGUAAAUCAAUCAUUGGUGCGCACUCCAUUGAAGAACUUUGCGCCAACUUGAAGCGCCCAAGACGUAUUGUUAUUUUGGUGAAAGCAGGCAAGCCCGUUGAUGCUUUCAUUGAGCAGUUGUUGCCACAUUUAGAGAAGGGUGAUAUCAUCAUCGAUGGCGGAAACUCUCACUUUCCUGAUACAAAUCGCCGCUUCGAAGAGUUGAAGCAGCAAGGAAUACUCUUUGUCGGCUCUGGUGUUUCUGGAGGUGAAGAAGGUGCUCGCUAUGGCCCUUCCUUGAUGCCUGGUGGUCAUCCAGAUGCUUGGCCUCAUAUCAAGGAUAUUUUUCAGUCUAUUGCUGCUAAGUCCGACGGAGAACCUUGUUGUGACUGGGUCGGUGACGGAGGGGCUGGCCACUACGUAAAGAUGGUCCACAAUGGUAUUGAGUACGGAGACAUGCAGUUGAUCUGUGAGGCUUACGAUCUCUUAAAAAGAGUAGGAAAGUUUACUGACAAGGAGAUUGGUGAUGUUUUCGCUAAAUGGAACAAGGGUGUUUUGGAUUCGUUCUUGAUUGAAAUCACUAGGGAUAUCAUGUACUUCAAUGAUCCAACUGAUGGAAAGCCUGUCGUCGAGAAGAUUUUAGACACUGCCGGUCAGAAGGGGACUGGAAAGUGGACUGCAGUUAAUGCAUUGGACUUGGGCAUGCCAGUGACAUUGAUUGGUGAGGCUGUUUUUGCCAGAUGCUUAUCUGCCCUUAAAGAUGAAAGAACUAGGGCUGCAAAUGUGUUAAAGGGUCCCAUUGUCGAAGGCGAAUCUCCUAUCACCGACAAGGAAAAAUUUGUCGAUGAUUUGGAACAGGCUUUGUAUGCUUCUAAGAUCAUUUCUUACGCUCAAGGCUUCAUGUUGAUUAGAGAGGCUGCAAAGGAAUACAACUGGAAGUUGAAUAACCCAGCCAUUGCCUUGAUGUGGAGAGGAGGUUGUAUUAUCAGAUCUGUAUUCUUGGGUGAGAUAACCUCGGCCUACAGAGAGCACCCUGAUUUGGAAAAUUUGUUGUUCCACCCAUUUUUCCAAGAUGCUGUGACCAAAGCUCAAAAGGGUUGGAGAUCUACGAUUGCGAAGGCUGUUGAGUAUGGCGUUCCUGUUCCUGCUUUCUCUACAGCGUUGUCGUUCUACGAUGGAUACAGAUCCUCCAAACUUCCUGCGAACUUGUUGCAAGCUCAGAGAGACUAUUUUGGUGCUCACACAUUCCAAGUGUUGCCAGGUGAGGAGAAUGACUUUUUAAAGAAGGACCAAUGGGUUCAUGUCAACUGGACUGGAAGAGGUGGUAACAUCUCAGCUUCAACCUAUGAUGCUUAG